AUGAGUGUUAGGGACUUUGCGGAUUCCUGCACUUGGUUGAAAACUUCAGAGUGUCAGAUGGUUGUUAAGCAGUUCAUUGAGCCAGAUCUUGAUGCUCUCAGUAAUGAAGCCUAUGAGAUAUACAGGACUGAAGCAGAGGCUAAUGGACAACCUUAUUUUCCAAAGAAUGAUACAAGCUUUAAGUUGGUUAGAAAGCAGUUUGGAUCUUUGGUUCAGGAAAGAAAGAUGGCUCAAUAUAGUGAGCAGUCACAUGUCCAAGAUGGUCUAAUUGAGUUCCUUAGGCUAAGGGGUCAAGAUAUUGCAUUGGAUGCUAUGGUAGACCCCUGA